AUGACUUCUGCAGUCCCAGUGGCUCAUCCUAAGCAUCAUGGACCUCCGAAGCCUCAGAAUUCACCGAAGCCUCAGAAUUCACCGAAUCCUCAGAAUUCUCCUAAGCCUCCUCAUAAUAAUCCAAAUUCAGAUCCACCAUGCACUUAUAAUGAUUGUUUUAACGAUCAUCAUAAUACCAAUCAUUAA